ACAUGUUUUGUUUUUUUAUUUUAUUUACCACUGCUCGCAUUCACAUGUAACAAUGUGACAGUUAUGAAUUGAAUUAAGGUCCUAUUGCGAUUACUCAAAAUAUCAUAUAUCUGUAAUUAAUUUUUAUAGUAUAGUAUUUAUAUCAAAAUAAUGUGGUAAUUAGUAGGUCUACACAGAGAACACGGGAGUACAACAGUAACAGAUUUGCCUUUGCCUUUGCCUUUGCCUUUGCUUUGUUAUUAUUAUUAUAAGACACUGUUUAACUGUUUAGUAUUACACGUUGAGUUGACUUUAGUACAUGUCAUUGAUUUUGUUAAAUGUGAUUCACAACUCUUUGCAGACAUUGUUUUACAUAGUUUAGGGCAGUUAAUAAAGAACGAAGAGGCCUCGUACACCCUGUCAGUAUACCUAGCAAAACUAUGGACUUCGGCCUGAGUACCCCACGGCGGUAUACCUAGACCUAGGAAAAUCAUGGACCUAGGCCUGUGUACACUGCUGCAAAAAAUUACCAUUAGUCCUUUGUCUUGGUGUCGUCUUGAGAUACAGCCUUUAUAAGGUUGAAAUCUUUUUAUUAAGGCAGUGUCUACACGUCCGGCGCGCCGGACGUCUAUCUCCCGCACUAUGUGUCCGGCGACCAAGUCACAUGACCGCCGUAACAAAGUGGCGAGAGAUAUCGUGUCGGUCAGCCUUGUCACGUGACUGCGAAUAAUUCAAAACUAUUGUUAAUUUUAAAAUCUAUUUCUCUACCAAGUAAUGUACUGAGUAUCUUGAAUGCAAAUAAUAGAAAAAGAAACUUAAGUGAAAGUGGCUUGUAAACAUUUUUGUUUAGUUUGUUAGAUUUUGUGUACCAGUAAUCCAUAAAAUAAAUUAGGGGCCAGUGUGGCAACCAAUAAAAGUUAAAGAUUUCAUUUUAAAUUAUUUCAAUUGCUACAAAAUAUUUAAAAACUUCUCAUGAAACUACUGUUGCUGAGGAACAUGAUAAUAUAAAUAUAUACAAAAUAUUUUAAUUAAAAUGGGAAGAAAAAAAACGACCCUAUCCCCGGUAUAGAUCCUCAAACAUUUCUAUCGUCAAGCAACCACUCUACCACAAGACCAGACAAGAUGUACUAAAGCGUACUUCGUUUGGAAUUAUAAAAACUACUAGCCGUCCGGCCAUGUCCGGCGGUCACGUGACAAGUCGCCGGACGUGUAUCUUGCGCACUACACGUCCGGCGCGCCGGACGUGUAGACACUUCGUUUUAUUAAUGCUACGGUGUAUGCAGUCCAAAGCUAAUACUAAUAUGGCUUCACAGUAUACGCCAAUAUGCUGACUAAAGUACAUGGUUUUGCUAGGUACACCACUGCGGUCACAAACUUGCACAUCAUGUAUUCAUACACGACUAUAAUUUAUGAUAAACACAGACAGCAGUAUCAACUACUCAGUGACAAUGAUAGGCCCCUACAUUACAUGUUUUAAAUAUUUUUUUCAGCUCACACUUACUACCAGACAUUACCAGAAUGACAAGAUAACUAACCAGCUUAAAUGUCAGAAGUGCAUUUAGCUUUGCAAUUUUUAUCUUUCAGCGAUUUGAGCAAUGCACGAGCAACCAUUACCAAAACGAAGCUCUAGAUUACCACUUAAAAAUGCUACUUACUAUUAACUAGGCUAGAGGGACUGGAUCUAGGGCCAAAAUAUUUUAAUUAAAAUAAAUUAAUUAAUAUCAUUCAUUAUCAAGUCACUAGACCAGCAUUUUCUGCUUUGUCUAAAACUGAUCAUUUCAAAAUUUUCAUGUAGAUGCAUUUUUUAGACUUGUGACUUACCCAAUAACUCACUUAAACAGUAGGCUAAUUAUUAUUCAGUUUUUAAAAUGCAUCACACAGACCUAUGUCUAGGUUUUGAUGCAUUAUUUUUAAGGUUAUUCAAUUGCUAAGUCACCCUCAUUAUACAUCAUUGGUGGGCAUCCAUACAAUUUAUAGAACAUCAUAUGCUAUUUUGGCCAAUUUUUGGCUAUUUCCUCAUAUUUUGGUAAAAAAAAAUAAUUCAAUAAUAAAAUAAUUUUAUUAAAACAGGUCUUCUCAGGUACUCAGAAAAUAGUUCUUUUCAGGGACUUGGGCGACAAUGAUCAAUAAUAAUUGCAUUCAAGGCUUGUCCACUUAUCACAGUGUCAUGCAAAACAACCAUUAAUGGCAAGACACUUGUUUAAGAAGAGUGUGUUUAAUUCUAGUCUAUGCCAAGUGCAGGCCUGACUGAAUAUUCUUCUCCAAAGUCUACUUAAUGAGUAGGUUAAAUGAGCUCAUUUCUUAUUUCUCUCUCUCCACCAUUUUAUAUAAUGCCUAAAUUUUGAAAAAAAAAUUUUUUUUUUUUUUUUUUAACAGUUAUUGAUUUAUGGAAAAGGCUUCUUGCUUAAAAUAGUGUUACAAAUGCUACUGCCCUGCCGAGCUACCUAUCGUAGCUAUCAUGAUAAAAACCAUUCAUCCAGUGACACAUUUAAAUGAUUUUCACAAGGAUGACAUUGACUUCGGUAAGUUAUUGCGUAACAUAUUUCCAAUAGUCUUUAAGUGAAAACAGGUUAACAACGAAAACCUUGAUAACUUAGAUAGAAGGACAGUUGCACAUUGUGACUCAUGCUUGAAAGCAAAAUUGCAUUUGUAACACAAUUUAAAAAAAAAUUCAAGCAGCAUUUAAUUUAUUAAUUUAGUCGAGUUGAGCAUACUUGGUACACACUAUGAUAUCUGAACAUAUAAUUUGAGAUGGGCUCUAGAUGACUUUAACACUUACAUAAAAUAUACAUGAAUUUCUUUGUCCUGAGAAUUAACUUAAUAUCUUUUUUUUCAGAACCAAAGUGCACCUGCUGUCCAACUGGGCGGAGUGGUCAUCGCAUUAUUGUAACUGAAGAUAGUUUGUAUGCGCUUGGUGGCUUUAAUCCUGUCUUUGGGGGUUACACUGCCCCAGUCAAUGUCAGGGGACAUCCGCUAUUUAAGGAGGUCAAUAUCAAUCGAUAAACUAAACAAAAAUAAUUUUAAAUUUUCCCUUUUUGCUGUCAUUGUAAUUAACAUAAUACACAUUUUACACAUGUGUUUCAACUUAAAUCAAGAUUUUUAUUUUGAAACCAAUAUAAUUUAUAGAAAUAUCUGAAGAGAAAUUGUUUGUUUUUGCCUUAAUGUUUUUUUUUAAUAUUCCUUUAGACGAUACAAUCCCAAGUUUAAAUAUUGAUGCUUGUAAUGGCUCAGUUUACUAAACAGUAAUAUUUUUGUAAUUUUGCAUUUGCAUUGAUACACCUUAGCUUAUAUUUUUAUCAUUUUGCUAUGUCAACAGUUGUGGAGGUUCAACUUGAGCACAAGAAAGUGGCAGCUUUUAGAUGACUUCCACAGUGUCCCUCCAACAAUAGCCUCCCAUACAAGUAAGUGAGUUCAUCAAGAGUAAGUGGUUCUGCAUGCCUGUCUUCUCAUGCAUUUUAAAACUGAAAUAGGCUGGGGUUUAUUUAUUUUUUUUUCUGCUGCAAAAAUUAUAAUGCCCAUUUAUGUUAUUUUUUUGCUUGAAAUAUUAUUUUUAAUUAGAAAAACAUAAACUUUAAAAUUAAUAAACAUAAAUUGGACUGAUAUUAAGCUCAAACAAUACAGUUGGUAUUUUUACAACGUCAUAAGGGAAACACAAGUAGGUGAGAGAGUUAUCUCUGAGCGAGUCAAAUCUCUCACCUGCCUAUGAUCCGUCACAUUCCUCUUGCUGUUCUAUUGGAAGCUAAGUGUUUUUUAUUCUAUAUUGCUCUUACUGUUGUUUGUUUGCUGAAGAAGGCUUCUUGCCAACAUGUUUGUUGUUUUGUUACAUCCUUUUCUUUUUAGGUUUUUUAAACCGUUUUACUCAUUUCCUUAAAAGAAAUUUCAAGCAGUUCAAAUAACGGGACCCUUGAACCUUAAUUUUUUAAAAAUUUUUUUUUACAGUUGCAAAAGUUGGUAGAUGGCUUUUUUUGUUUGGUGGGACCUCCAUACCUUUUGGCGAGACGCCGAGUAGUGCCCUGUAUAGGUAUGAUCUCACCGCGCCAUGUCACGCAGAGAACAGUGGUCAGUGUGACUGUGAUGCUCAUGCAUUGCGGGGAGACGAGGUGGCAACAAUUCGUAACAGUAACCGGUGGCACCUCAUUCCAGUAGCUGGGGAUUUACCAGAGGAAAGAUAUGGCCAUGUAAGUGACUGUCCCUUCUCCAAACUUUCUUGGCUCAAAACAAAGCACUUUUACAUGAACAACUCCAAACAUGAACCAAUAAAUGACACAAUGUUUUGAAAAGAAACUAAAAUUCAAGAUUAAGUUUUUUUUAUUUAUCUGCUUUGAUACAAAUGAAGUGGAUUGUUAUCUAUUUUCAGAGCCAGACAAAUAUUUUUUUUAUCAAUCAGUUUUUUUUAAAUUUAUUUUUGUGUGUACAGUUUUUAUAACCAGUGUUAUACAUUUUUUUACUUAAAUAAUUAUUUUGAAACACUAUAUAAUUUAUUUAUUAUUUAUCUUCUAUCCUAAUACUCCUUUCUGCUAUUGCUUUAUCUAUCCUAAUACUCCUUUCUGCUAUUGCUUUAUCUAUGUUUGUUAACUUUUCUACAGACUUCUUUACCAGUUUCUCCUUUUUUGUAGUGAGGCAGAAUUCUGUUGGUUUUUGUUUAAUUUUUAAAAUUGCUUACUCCACCAUUCAAAUCUCUUCAAAAUUUAGCUGUCUUCUGCAUAGGAAAAACUUAACCUUUUUGUUAUCUUAUGUUUCAGACAAUGACAAUGAGUUUUCCAGACGUGUACAUAGUCGGUGGGACAUCAGGGUACAUCUACAAUUCAGAAGUUUUUCACUUGGAUUUGAGGGCACCCAUGGGACGAUGGACAAAACUAAGCUCUGAUGCAGACCCUCGACAACCAGUGGGAAGGUGGGAAAUUCUUAACAGCUUAUUUUUUUUUUAUAUUGAAAUGGAUUUUUUUAAUACUUUUUACUAAACGUUAAAGUGUUUCAACGGUUCAAUGUUUAAAGUUGUUACAAUCUCAUGGGGUUCACUGUUUAAAAUUUGUUAAGAUCGCAAAAGGUUCAUUCAGUGUUAGUUUUGUUAGAUCUCUAUAUCUGGGUGGCCGAGCGGUCUAAACUGACUCAAAGCCAACAUCCUAAGCCCCACUGGUGGAUGGGACUCAUUAGCCUUGGACGGCAAGUCAUCUAAGAGAUGGCAAACACUGAAUUCAAACCAGGAGCCAGAAUGAUCAAUAAAUUGAUCAUGGGCCUUCAAAUAUAAGAAGAAGAAAAAGAAAAAUAUCUUUGUUAGUUAAAAAUUAUUUCAAAGUGAUUCCCAGCUAGUUGUUGUUAGCAUAUGCAGGCUAAAACUCAAAUCAUUAUGAUAAAAAAACUCAAAGUGUUGUGUUUUUUUAAUAUUGUCCUUUCAGAUAUCGACAUGAAACUGCAUUUGAUGGGGAAAAGUUGUAUGUAUUUGGAGGAGGCACAGACAGAGACGCAUUCUCACUAGUCAAUGUAAUUCCAAAAAAACUUUUCUGUUUUUUAAAGUUAGAUUAUGACUGCUUCACUGAAAACUCAAUGUUAUUAUUUAAAUUAAUUUGUAUUGCCUCAUGCAAUGAUGUCUAACUAAGCUGAGGCUUAGUUUUUAAGACUGUGUACAUAUUUGGUUUUAAGGGCAUUUUUCAUAUUGUCUUGAUUUUCAGCAGAGAGCUUUAUUAUGACAUAACAUUCUUUUAAGAUUUGUAAGAAAUUGCCCUCUUCAUCUUGUUAAUAAUGUUUCCAUGCUUACAUUACAUUUAUCCCUCUCAACUUAUGUAUGUGUGUACCAUGAAAGAACUGCUGUAUGUUAACUGCAAUAUAUUUGUGUCACAGAUUCAUACUUUCAAUAUAAAAUCUUGUGAGUGGGGUACUCUCAAGACAUUUCCAGAUCCAGUACAUGGUGAGUAAUGGCAGAAUGAGAAUGAUAACAAUUGAAAGGAAAAAUAAAAUUAGACAAAGCUGAAUGCACAAAUAAAAUAUUUUGAGUUCUACUACCUCUAUUGGUAAGCUUAAGCUUUACUUUCAAGUGUUAGGCUAAUCACUCAUGUUUGAUCACAAAUAUAAACUAAAGCUAUGUGGCGUAUUCCGUGGGAUUGUUAGUUGUGUUAAAAGUACUCAUCGCUGCAUGAUGGGGUUGCCACCAUCUGUACAUGGUUCUUCCAUACCAAAUUUUAAAUACAAAUAUUUCAGAAAAGGUCAUAUGGGGAUCCACCAAAAUUAUUUUGCUUGAUCACUCUUUAACUGAAUACCCUUGUGAUAAGGCUGGCUUGCAUAUCAUAAAUUCACUGAUAUUUAUGGUUAUAAAGUUAUUUAAUACGGCUGAUGUCUCACUAAAAAAUAGGUUUUAUCAAACUGGAUCUUCUUGAUUUUUAGUAAACAAAAGACUUCCCUGGAACUUUCCCAUCCCGAAAAAUCCGGUGUAAACUCAUAUAAAAUACAAUUUUCUUAUUGUUUUUAAAUUUCAGCAAAUCACAGAUUUUCACAAAUUGUCACUGUAAGCCAGGACCAGUAAAAUCUAGUUAACUGUGCUGAAUUAAUUAGCUCAGUAGUUCUGUUUUCAAGUCACAACCACAUUUAUCUAGAAGCAAAGUGACGCUUACCACAAUAUAUUGAAAAAAAAGGCAUUUAAAUAGAGUAAAUUUUUGGAAAUGAAAACACAUUGAAACUAGAUUUUUCAGUAUUCUAAUUAAGGACAUAUUUUAUGAUGCCAUGAUUGACAUUGUAACUCAAACUCUAAAAGAACAAUUAAAAAAGAAACCUUUAAAAAUCACUCUUUGUCUUGGUGCAUUGUUUCAGACAGCAACCCUAUGGAAAUCCCCUCAGAACCCCAUUUGAAUCAUGUCCCAUGGGCUGGGAAACUAUACUUUUUAUUAUACUAAGAAUUUUUAUAUGUCAAAUUACUUUUAUAUUAUAGUGUCUUUUUUCACUUUCAACAUCAAGCUAGUAUGACACAUACAUAAAAAGAUAACAGUAUUAAUAUUUACAAUUAUAAUUUAUAAUUAUUUUUUUUUUGAAACAACCCCUCAUUACAAGUUGUUAAAAACAUUGGCUUGCUAAUAUUUGAAACUAGAAUUUGCAACCUGUAAAUAAAGCAAAACUCAUAAAAAGUGUAUAGGUUUUUUUUCUUCAGGUGGUCAUAUCCCACAUUUACUUUAACAAGCUUAUUAUUAGCUAGUUAUCUUUUUCUUGGGUUUAGUGAGGGGAAGUGAAGCAAUUAGUAUUAAAUCACCAACCUCUCGUAGAACCUUAACAUACAUUAUCUUGCAUUCAUUAAUAGACAAUAACAACUAAGCAAUUCUAAAAUAAAAAAACCUUUUGUAAUGAUAAAUUCAACUUAUUAUAUGUAUUUUUUAAAAUUAUUUCUUUUCCGGUUUUCCUGGGAUAAGCAAAACCCUGGGAAAUGAAAACAAACAAGUGAAGUUAAAACAAAAGAUUUUUUUCUUAAAAAAUAAAUCAAUCUUGUUUAACCAUUAUUUCCCCUACUGCCUGAAGUUUAGGCAUUGUUGUCAGUGUCAAUCUUUGAAAAGAAACUAAUUAAAAAGUUGUCUCCUUAUAAAUUAUGUUUGUACCGUCACAUUUUCUAUUUUAAUUUAACUUUUAAAACAUACUGUAUGUUAACUAUUGAAAGUGAUUCAAUGAAUCUCUACCAUUAUUCAACAGGACAUCCUAAACCUCGAAAGUGCCAUAGUUGCUGUCAUUACAAAGAUGGUCAGUAAAACAAGUUUUGUAGUUAACAUUGCUUGACACUUUUUUAAAAUUUCAAGAAAUGAUCAUUAGGUAUUUUUUUCUUAAGUCAAGGCAAGGAUUUGCACGUGUGUAUUUUAUGUCAGGCCUGGGUGUUUAAAAAUUGCUGGACGUGGCAUAAUCCAUUUGGUAAUCCUUAAAUUCUCCCCUUGAAAAUUAAAAAAGUCUUGACCCACAGAUUAUUCAGAUUGUCAAAACACAGUGAGGAGGAGUAUAAGUGAUGAUAUUGCCACCUUGACUCCUAUGUUUCUCACAUCGCAUCCAUUUCUUUACGGUAAUUGGUGUACCAAUUAACAUGGCCUCUUUUAUUUGCAGAUGUUUUCAUGGUGGGCGGAGUCAGUGGCACAUCCACCACAAAUGAAACAACACUGUUUAAUGAAAUCUGGAAAUUCUCCCUGGCCAAAGCAACCUGGACAAAAUACUCGGCCACAUUGUUAGUGCCUUUGUACUUUCAUUCUGCAGAUUUUUCACCAGUAAGUUGGAGUUUGAUGACAUUACGUCACCAUAGGUUUCACUUUAGUUUUCUGUGUAAAAAUUUAUUCAUAACUUGUCAUCAAUACACGUGAGCUGAAACCCAAUAAAAUAAUGAGUCACCUUGCUACUGCAUCUACUCAAGGAAAAUGUGACACAAUUUUGUGACCAACUGAUCAGAACAACCAUAAUUAGUUGUUCCUCAGAAAUAAUCCUGAUGGCCUAAGGGAGAUCACUUUAUUCAAAAGUUGGUAGUGAAUUUUUAUGAGCACGUCCCCUGUUGUCUCAUUUCAGUUGAAGGGCUGCAUCUACAUCUUUGGUGGUGUGACCAACUACAGGGAGGAAUGGGUGCGCACCAAGAGGAUUCUUUCAUUGCGGGUGGCAGUGGGAAACUUGUUGGAACUUGCCUGGGAAGUGGUCUGUAAACAUGUAGGCAACAGAUGGGAUGAGGCAGACCUCAAUGAACUGGGGGUGCCAUUUUCUUUACAGGCCAGGGUGUUUUAAAACAUUUAAAAAAAUUUCAAUUAGACAAAAAAAUAUAAUAAUAAAUUUCAGAUUAUUUAUUUUCAUUCUGGGUUACUGUUUUUUGUUUGUGGUUAAAUGGAGCUCAGUGGUAAAAUAAGAGGUCCACAUGUUCAAUACAUUGUUGAGGCAUAACGAAGGGGACAGUGUAUUAAAGUUCUUGACACUUUUAUAACUGUUUUUCUGUUAUAAUAUUGCAUAGCUGGAGCAUAUAGUUUCAUGUGGUGUGGCUUGUUGAUUUGCUUUGAGAUUUUUAUAAAAUUCAUGUUCUAAUUCUAAAAACAACAUUAGCUCUUAUAACAUAAGGCUUAAAGGAAUUUGUUCACUCUCAGAUUUUAUAUUAGUUAGUAUUAGUAUUAAGUGAAGUUAUUUUAGAAAUGUUAUUGUUUAUUGAAUAUCUAUUUAGAGGGUCUCUGAUAUCCCCUAUCUGUCAUUUUCUCUGCCACUUAUGAGAUACAUGCAAUGCCGAAUAUUGUGCAUUGAAUUUGAUUGAAUUAAUGGUUACAAUGUUAUGCUGAGUGAGUGCGGGGAGCGUAUUAUUUAUCAGGGCUGCUCUCAUUCUUUAAAAGUAACACAGAUACAUUUUAUAGAAGUUUAUCAUUACUGAGGUGUCACCUGGAAUGGUUAGUCAAGUCAAUAAUUUACGUGCAGGGGCUGUCAAACUACCUAAAAGACUACUUUGGCACAUCUACGAUGGCCAGAGAACCACAGUCGGGCAGCAUAUUAUUAUCAAACCUUUUGCUCUCUUUUUAAAAUUUAGUUUAAAAUAUUUUUUUAAACAUAUUCUGACACUUCAAAUGUUCAGGCCAUAAGAAAAUGUUUGGAGACCCCCAUGCUGAACACUUGUUUGAGAGCUCUUGAUAAUUUUUUUUUUUUUUUUUCCAUUCUUCAUGGCUAAGGUGUAUUAAUUUUUAUUUUUACAUUCUGGUGACUUGAACAAUAAAAUAACCUUGGAUAGCUUU